AUGGCUCUUGCUUCCCCAUUUCUAUGCAGGGUACUUUCCAAAGAGUCAAUUUACCGAGUCAUGAUCUUGUUUGCCUUUUUUGAAGAUGAUGAGCAGCAUCCUGUAGAAGAGAAGCAUUUUGCACCAGCCGCUUAUAGAGUUCUAGGCGCGGAGGAGAGGUUACGUUUACAGAAGGGGGUUCUGAAUUCUCGAUGGUGUACCCUCGCUCGAGUCGGGCACUGCCUACCUACUCUUACACGUCUGCUUAUCGUGCAGGAAUGGCACAGGCAUAGAGAAAGGGAGUGUAAACAGCAAGAAGACCUGGUCUCUCAGGAUGGGCACGAUCAGCAACGACCGCGUGUACCGAUGUGUCCUCCUCUAGACGACGAAUCCGCCGGCAGUAGAUUCGCCAACAUUGAUGAUAGUGUCCGCGUGAUUUACCAGUUCCAGGUUAAUGCAUUCCCCGCCAAAGGUCACCUCUACAGCAAUAUCUCAUAUGUAGACUAUCUACCUAAUCGACUCGUCAACCCGGUCUCCUGGCACAACAGCACCGAACCCAACAGCGACAAUGCUCAACCCCUCGCGUUCCUUAGACUUCUUUACAGCGUGCUUGGCAGCAACUUCCUGGUUGAUGCCUUCUCUCUGUAUUGCGGUAUCGAACCGGCUAUUCGAGAACGCAAUCACGACGCAGGGUGUUCGGUUGAUGUCCCCUCUCUGUGUCGCGGUAUCGAAACUGCUGUUCGAGAACGCAAUCACGACGCCCUCGACCUCCUGCUGGAGAUCUGCUACUCAUUCAACGACAAUAACACAGAUGACCAAGGUGCUAGGGCCCUUGACCAGCUCCCUGUCGGGAUAAUACAUCGAGCUACCAGGCAGGGUGACGACAGCGAGUGGAUCCUACAUUUGCUAUUCAGAUACAGUGAACUCGACGGAACCAUAACAGUACCGAAGGAUGACAAAGUGCUUACCAAAUGGGCGCUUGAGCAGUCAAAGGCUGGAAGUCAGUUUGCGAUGUGGUUGUUGGAGGUGCUUGGGGCUGAGGGCGCUGAUAUGCACGCUUUGUGGGUUGUGAAGCCUGGGAUAUCCUACUAG